AUUCAACUUUGUAUUUCUCAUUACUCGCCCCAUAAAUAGCACCCUUUUUUUUAAUCUAAUUUGAAUUCACAUCUUCCUAUUAAUCCUCUUAAUCUCCUUUAGUAUUUGCAAUUUAGCUACUAUUACUUGCAAAAAGAAAAAAAUAAAGCAAAAUUAUCGUGCUGCCAUGGCUGUCGAGCUCUCAGUUGUCCUACCCCGCGUGCUCAUCGUCUCUAGACGUACCGUUCGUAAGAACAAGUUUGUUGAUUUUGUUGGAGAAUAUCAUCUCGAUCUUAUAGUAAGCUAUGGAGCUGUUCCGGUCAUUGUACCCAGAGUUUCUGGGGUACAUAUGUUAUUAGACAGUUUUGAACCAAUUCAUGGUGUUCUGCUUUGUGAAGGAGAGGAUAUCGAUCCUUCUCUGUACAACUAUGAACUCUCCGAUCUCACCCCUGAAGAAUUGGAAGAAAUCAGGAGAUUGCACGCUAGUGAUACUGCAAUUGACAAGGAAAAAGACACAAUUGAACUCAGAUUGGCAAAACUCUGUCUAGAAAGGAACAUUCCCUAUUUGGGUAUAUGCAGGGGUUCACAGGUACUAAAUGUUGCAUGUGGAGGAACUCUUAUACAAGACAUUGGGAAAGAAAUAUCGAAAAACCUCCCUGAGAAUCAGAGGGUAAUUCACAUGGAUUAUGAUAACUAUGAUGGUCAUAGACAUGUUAUACAAGUUGUUGAGGAAACGCCAUUGCACCAUUGGUUCAAGGAUUCAUUAGAAGACGAAAAAAUGGAGAUUUCAGUCAAUAGUUAUCACCAUCAAGGAGUUAAAAAAUUGGCUCAGAGAUUUGUUCCUAUGGCAUUUGCCCCUGAUGGUUUAGUUGAAGGAUUUUAUGAUCCGGAUGCUUAUAAUCCUGCUGAGGGUAAGUUCAUUAUGGGACUUCAAUUUCAUCCGGAACGAAUGAGGCAAGAAGAUAGUGAUGAAUUUGAUUAUCCUGGAUGUACAUUUGCUUAUCAGGAGUUUGUGAAGGCUGUAGUUGCUUAUCAGAAGAAACUGUUAAACGCAACUAGAGUGCAAAAGCCCUUGAAGCUUAAUCAAGAAAUGGAGAAGAAGAGGAAAAUUAUAGUUAGAAGUUUUUCACUUGCUAGAGAUUUAUACGAAAAAGGCUGUACGAUUCAGCCAUCUAAAAUUUCAGACUUAGAUGUAGGAGCAGAAUUCCUAGAGUCAAAUACAGCAUUGAGUUUGCAACAAGAGACAAGGUUAAUGCAAAUGGGAGCAACAGUAAGGAAUGCAUCAUCAUAUUUGGAGAGAUUGAAGAUGAAUGAGCAGAAAGAGGGGUUGGCAAGGAAAGUAAUGGGAAAAAUGUCAGUGGAACAGCUAUCUGAUCUAAAAUCACUUUACAAUAUAAUGGGACAGAUAUGUUCAGAAGUCUUGGAGACAAAACUACAGGAUCUCAUGACUCUUGAUGAGGAAUUUUGAUAUUUCUGCACGAGUUUUUUGCUUUGAUUAAUUUUUAUUUCUUGUCAAGCUUAUGUACUUUUCUUUGUGAAGUCACCUGACUGGGGAACUAAACAAUGUUAAAAUAUACAUGGCAGAUUCUUAGCAUAAAAUAGCUAUAAUUAUAGUCAGACAAGAUGGAAUUGCUCAGCUGGAACGUAAGCCCCU